GGAAUUUUUGUUAAUGGGGUUGUUCAAAAUUUUCCCUUUCUUUUUUUUUCCGCCUCACUGUUCCAAGCUCUACCUUCACCCUCCAAAUUCUGGAGUAUCAAAAUUACGCAUCCAAAUUCGGUAUUUCCAUUAUAAUUUAUGCAUACCAAUCUCUCCGAGGUACGCAAAUCGCAGGUUCUGUGCGUCUGUCGGACUUGGCUUUCGACUCAUUCUUUGCUGGCUUUCACAUGGAUCCGCCAAGUUCUUGGGACUCCUUGCGAAAGCAGGCAAGGAAGCUUGAAGCUCAGCUUGAUGAGCAAAUGCAUGUAUAUCGUAAAUUAGUCAGUACAAAAGUUGAGAAUGCUGCAGACAAUGAUCUUGAAAGUGGGAUAGAACAGUUACUGAAACAGCUCCAACAAGUCAACUCUCACAUGCAUUCUUGGGUCUCAUCUGGAGGAUCUGAAUUUUUUUCACACACAUUGACUCGCCAUCAAGAAAUCUUUCAGGAUCUUACUCAGGAAUUUAAUCGUCUCCGUUCGAGCUAUAGAGCUAAAAAGGAGCAUGCCUCAUUGCUCGAUGAUUUUAGGGAGUUUGAUCGCACUAGAUUGGAUCUGGAAGAUGACAACAAUGGUUCUUAUGAGCAAGCACUCCUUAAUGAGCGUGCUUCCCUACACAGGAACACAGGGCAGAUGGAUGGUGUGAUUUCUCAAGCACAAGAAACUAUAAAGGCACUUGUGUAUCAACGGUCAACAUUUGGUGGCAUUAAUUCAAAGCUUAGCAAUGUCAGCAGUCGGCUUCCAACAGUUAAUCACAUUAUUUCAGCAAUAAAAAAGAGAAAGUCAAUGGAUACCAUCAUUCUUUCGUUAGUUGCCUCAGUGUGCGUGUUUCUCAUCUUGGUUUAUUGGUUGACAAAAUGAAAAGGUAUUGCAUUUUUCUCCACGCUGCCAUCCAUCUCUGAUCAUGACUUUACUCCAUAUUCUUUUGUAUAUUACCACAAAGGCACAAGUUAAUAAUUUUUGCUUUUUUGACACGAAUGGAAUCUUGAAUUGAUUUGUAUCUACACAGUUAAUUGGUGAAGAAUCAGCUCCAGUUUAGGCUUAUUGUCGAGUCCCCCCCCCAAUUCCACAAGAUUUGCAUUUCCCGAAGAUAAACCACAAGUUUUUGUAUACCAUAAUUUGUUUAUUUGAUUCUAUACUGCUUGAUCA